CGAAGAAUCAAAUAAAAUUCGCUCAAUUCGUGAUUGCUGCUCACAACCAAACACGCGAGUGUGUUUGUGUGUGUGUUUACGCUUCUCACAUCGCCUGGUUGUCUGGAAAGAACAACAACAAUAAUGCACGAAAAAAGAGCUUCAGUCAGCGAUUUUGUUUUUGUUUUUUUUUGUAUUGUAUUUCCAACGAGCACAGCACACACCAAUACAAACACACUGGCUGAGCGCGGAGCGCUUUAAAACAGAAACUGAAAAAUUACAGUAGCCGAACAGCACUCAGAACAACAACACCCAGCUGAAAUUAUAUGGCAAGAGGCGAAGGCGAGCGCGAAUUAAAUUGGAAGGAAGUUGUGGAAAGUCUGGCUCUUUCCACGGGAAUAGUAACUAAAAAUUAGUAGAACCCCAAGAAGAAGAAGCAUCGAACUCAAGGCUAAACAAUUUGGAAAUAUAUCCCACGAAAAUUCAAGGAAAUCCCCGUUUUAUAUUCGCUGGGCGGAUAUAACUUAUCGGGCGAGUUAAUAUGGCGGCGCCUAUCGCAAAGUUAUCCGCUCUUGCUGUUGUUGUUGUUGCCACACUAGUGAUUUGUGGACAUACGAAAUCGGCAAGGGCCGAGGGAUGGAUGCACCCGAGCAUCCCCCAAAUGGAAGUGGACGCACUGCGCACCGAGUACAUUGCCCUGGAACGUGCCUUAUGGGAUUAUCUGGCCAAAACGGCCAAUAGCCAGAACAAUAAGGAAACGCAGAUAAGGAAAGUGUACGAAUCGCAUCGGGACUUCGAUUCGAAACCGCUAAUGGGUCGCCCCUUCGAAGAGCAUCGCUACGAGAUCCUCAAUCACUACGAAUGGUCACUGCUGGAAAGAGAUCUCAUCUAUAUCAGCAAGAUAUACGAGGCCUACAAGGACACCUUUGUCAAGCAAAGCAGCGACCAACUGGAUGAACUAGCCGUUUUGAACCUUGCCGGGGCAAUCCUGCGCAACGAUAAAACCGCCUCGAUGCCACGCAUCCUGCAGGAAAUCGAACGAGUGAUGGUCUCACAGACCCUCUACUACCGUGCCAUGAUAGUGUCCACCAAUCAGAUUUGCAAUACAAUGCAAUCAGCCCAACAGUUUAUUUACUCCCUAUAUGCGGACAUAGCCCUGACCGAACUAAAGGCCUACACCAUGAUGGAGUUCUCGUGGAUGAUGCUGCGUGUCUACGGCAAGGGCAACUACACCCAGGAGGCGGAACUUAUGCGAUCGGACUACGAGAAGAGGACGGAGCGCACACUGAAAGUGCUCAAGGAUGUGAUGCUGCGAGCGGAUCGUAUCGUAUAUCGCUGCGAUCCGGCGAAACAUGUACCGGGUGUGACCUACGAUGAGGUCACUCGUCUCCUGCAGGGCUACAUCGAGAACGAGGUGGAUUUGAAUAACGAGGAAACCUGCCGAGAAACCUGCGGCUUCUAUCAGUCCACCCGCAGCGAGGGCUGCUUUAAGGAUCUCUACUGUUCCCGCCAGCCGAAAUGCACGGGUCGCCUGUACAACUGCCAGUUCGUCGACUCCGACAUGUGGGUGUGUCCAUCGCCACAGAACAGCACCAGGCGCUACGAGUUCAUCGAGUACGAGAACGGACGCGUCCUUGGCCAGCGGGGUAGAUGCACCAGGGGCACCACCAAGGUGGACAGCUGGUGGCGUUACCUCCUCUGGCACUGCAGCUACUGCUUCUGCCUGUGCGAUGAGCAGGGUCUCAAGUCGGAUCGGUUCUUCAACCUGCGGGACACUAUCGCCGAUGUGAAGCGCAACAGAAUCGUGACUGGCUUGCGUUUUGUGAAGAAAAACCGCAUUUUCCACCUGCAAAUCCAGGAGGGCGAACUCCUGCCACGUGGUGCCAUCAAUCAAAGCACUCUGGAGUGGAAGCCAGUUGAGAACUACAACUUCUUCGAUCGUGAUGUGAAAAAGGGUGUUGACUAUCACAUGUUGAGCUACGAGAGUCGCUCCAUUGAUCUGGAUGAUGUGGACACGGAUGACAAUAGCUUUGUUAUCACCGGCGUGAGAUUCCGUGUGAUAGGCACCCAUCUGAACUUGGAGGCUUACUACAGCGAGUUCGACUUUAAGACGGGUCAGCUCAUCCAGCCGGAGAGCAACAGCUAUUGGAAGUCCAACGAUAAUACCGAUGUCAGCGGGGCCCGCAGAGAAAAACUGCGCCUGGAUAACGCCGACGUGUCCACGCGGACGAUCACCCACUCAAUACCUCUGUCACGCCACAACCAGUGCAUCGACUUCACCAACACGGGACUUGACAAGGAUGCCGCCCAGAGCACUGUGCCCUUUAUUGACAUCCAGGACGUGAUCUCGAAUCCGCCAGUACCACUGGCCGGCAUUGGCAUCUACUACAAGGGCCGCAACGGCUACGGCGGCUUCCUGGGCCCCAAGAUCAUCACCUACGAUUUUACGCCCCACGUUCAGGUGCCAAGGAAGAAGUACUAGGCCGAUGAGAAAGAGUCGAAGAGGCGGUGCUGUUCCAUCCCGCACAUAUGUCAUAGCUUUCUUAGUUUUACACUACCUAUCAAUACACACUUGCAAUUACUGUCGCGUAGUCUAAGUGAGAUCGGAGGAGAACGAAGCGCAAGAGACGCAGAAUCGGGCAAGACAAGAUAUAACUAAAAUUAUACUGAAAUUUAGCCAUAACAAAAAAUCAAAUAAAGAGAAUCUGAAUCUGAGAACCCAGAGAACCGAA